AUCCUGGGAAGGCGGAAGGCGGCGUGUCGGGAGGAGGGGGGAGGCGAAAGGAGGAAGAGGAACGUGUCGCUCGCUGCCUUUCGGCUUCCUUUCGGCUUCCUUUCCUGCCACCGCAGAAAAAGGGGGUGGAGAAGAACAGAGAGCUCUCUCUAAGACCCAGCGGGAAUUUCCCUUCAUUUCCCCCACCCCUUCUCCCUCUCUCUCUCUCUCUCUCCCCCACACACACACUUUUUUUUUUUAGGAGCGACAGGCUGUGCAGUUUGCAGAAAGCGUUAGGUCUCCAUCAUCGGGCUGCAAGAAACAGACAGCGAGAGAGCAAAGCGCGAACGCGACCAGGAGAGGAAGAGCAGAAAGCAAGAGGAGGAGGAGGGAAGGGAUGAAGGGGAGGCGUAUCACGUCCGACCAGACGGCCGGAGCGGGCCUGUGCUAAUCCCAGCCAAGCCCUUUGGACGGAUCUGUCUCCUAACCUUUGGUAAGAAGCCUCUUCGUGGGCCCUUCUCUCCUCCGUCCCCCCGGACCACAUUUUCCUGACACAAUGAACCCCGUGUUGUAGAAGGGACAGCGUGCAUGAGCUCUUUUCCCUCCCCCCACUCGUGUUUCUCGCGAUGUGAAUCCGCUGCAGCUCGUCGCGGUAGAGGCAGCUGGAGGGGGGUGUCUGGGAGGAAAAGGCAGACAGGACGAAGCGUGGGGCUAUGUGGUGUCAGCGACACCAGAAGAUUCGCUGAACCAUGAUGAAGACUGAGCCCCAGAAUAGUCCUGGCGGCAGCGGCAGUAACAGCGGCAACGGCAGUGGAGGGAGCCUGAGGAGUGCCUCGCCUCACCGGAACGCCUACGAAGCCGGCAUCCAAGCCUUGAAAGCCACAAAGGAUGCCCUUGGCAACUCGGACAGCGAGGAGGCCAAGAAAGCCCGGAACAAGAAGUAUGGCUCUAACGUCCAUCGGAUCAAGAACAUGUUUCUGCAGAUGGGGACGGCGGGGCCUGCCGGCGAGGGGACGGUCGACCUGGCCAAGAUGAAGGAGAAGCCCGUCCGGUUGUCCUUGCCCCGGGCCAGCAGUCUAAACGAGAAUGUAGACCACAGUGCAUUGUUGAAGCUGGGCACCAGCGUGUCCGAGAGGGUGAGCCGCUUCGAUUCCAAGACGGACAAGCCGCUCUCCAAGCUCCAGGAGACGCGGAAGAUCUUUGAGAGGAGCCUCCAGGAGAAGGAGACGACCAACAAGCUCCUCCUGAGGAAGGAGAGGGCUGGCUUUCAGGACAGGAAGCUGGACGUGGUGGUGAGAUUCAACGGGAGCACAGAGUCUUUGGACAAGCUGGACACGGAGGCUGUGUCGCCCACCGUCAGCCAGCUCAGCGCUGUCUUCGAGAAGGCCGACCUGAGGAACAACCUCCACAAAGCCCCGGUCAAAGUCGGGCCCCUGAACUCCAAGAUUGUCAGCAAGAGGUCCAGGGUUUUCCUUCAGGCUCCAGAAGGGGCCAAAGUGGAAGGAAAGAGUAGCGAUGGGCCUGCUCUCCAGGUGAGAGGCAGGCUGCCAGAGGCUGACAAAAGCCAAGGCAAACUUCCUGCCGGUGGACUGGGAGCAGGGAAGCCAGGGGAAAAGGACAUUAACGCGGGCCUACGUCCUCAGAAGGUCCAAGAGGUGCGCAAGAUCAAGCCCGUGGAAGUGGAGGAGAGCGGGGACUCUGAGCAGGAGUUUGAGGCGGCUGAGGUGGCGGUGGCGGCAGCAAUAGCGGAGGAGCACAGCAAGGCCUCCAAGGGGUCUGAAGCCAACAGGGCCGAGGUGAUCCAGGCUGAGGUAACGGUACACGCGGCCUUAGAAAAUGGCAGGCUGGGUGGCGAGAGGCACCUCGAGAUUCCAGACCCGUUGGCAGACACGUACUGUGAGGAAGUGGCCAAGGCUGAGGGGCCAGAGGAAAAUGACCUGUGUGAUGAGUCCAAGAAAGAGGAUUUCUCUGAGGCUGACCUUGUGGACAUUAGUGCCUACAGUGGGCUGGGGGAGGAUUCGGGAGGGAGCGGGCUGGAUGAAGAUGAGGAUAACGAUGGACUAUAUGCACCGGAAUCCAGCUGCAUGGAGAUCCCCGGGCUUUCGGAAGAGGAAGAGGCUGCCCCCAGCCGCAAGAUCCACUUCAGCACAGCCCCCAUCCAGGUUUUCAGCACCUACUCUAAUGAGGAAUAUGACCGGCGGAAUGAAGAUGUUGAUCCCAUGGCUGCCUCAGCAGAAUAUGAACUUGAAAAGCGGGUGGAGAGGCUAGACCUCUUUCCUGUGGAACUGGAUAAAGAUUCAGAGGGUCUCGGGAUAAGUAUUAUCGGGAUGGGAGCAGGGGCUGAUAUGGGCCUAGAAAAACUUGGCAUCUUUGUCAAGACGGUGACAGAAGGAGGAGCAGCUCACCGAGAUGGCAGGAUCCAGGUAAACGACCUAAUCGUCGAGGUGGAUGGCACCAGUUUGGUGGGUGUGACUCAAAGCUUUGCUGCCUCCGUGCUGAGGAAUACCAAGGGUAGAGUCCGGUUCCUGAUUGGCAGGGAGAAGCCAGGAGAGCAGAGCGAGGUGGCUCAGCUCAUCCAGCAGACUCUGGAGCAGGAACGAUGGCAGCGGGAAAUGAUGGAACAGAGGUAUACCCAAUAUACAGAGGAAGACGAAGAAACGGGGGAAUAUGCUACAGAUGAAGAUGAAGAGAUGAGUCCCAUGUUCCCCAGCAGUGAGAUGGCCAUUGAGGUCUUUGAGCUGGCUGAAAAUGAAGAUAUGCUGUCUCCUGUUGAGAUGGACCCUGAAAAGCUGGUGCAUAAAUUUAAAGAGCUCCAGAUCAAGCAUGCUGUGACUGAGGCUGAAAUACAGCAGUUGAAAAGAAAGCUGCAGUCCAUCGAACAAGAGAAAGCCCGUUGGCGCCUUGAGAAAGCCCAGCUAGAACAAAGCGUGGAAGAGAACAAGGAGAGGAUGGAGAAGCUAGAGGGCUACUGGAUGGAAGCCCAGAACUUGUGCCAGGCUGUGGAUGAGCACUUGAAAGAGACCCAGGCCCAGUACCAGACUCUGGAGAGGAAGUACAGCAAAGCCAAGCGACUCAUCAAGGAGUAUCAACAGAAAGAGAUCGAGUUCCUCAAAAAGGAGACGGCUCAGCGUCGCAUCCAAGAGGAGUCUGAGCUGGCCCACAAGGAGGAAGUUGACAAGUUGCAGGAGAAGAUCUCUGAACUGGAGGCGAAGCUGCAGACUUUGAAAAAUUCCAACCCGACUUAAAAAAAAGAGAGAGAGAGAGAGCAGAAAAACAUAUAAAUCAACCAGAGCAAUUAAUUCUUCUUAUUACUAUUACUACUACUACUAUUAUUUGCAAGGAACCUAUUUAGAAAUAUCUCCCAACCAUGCCCACUCUUUAUUCUCCCCCCCCCCACAUCUUUUGCCUGAUUCCCCUUAUUUCCGUACCGGGAAGUAAGACCCAACAUGAUCAGAAGAACUACUACAGCAAGGGUAGCUAAUGGCCCUGCCUUCUUCUGUUGAGUGUGGGGUCAUGAAAGGUCAGGUGGGAUGGUAAAAUUCAAAGUGGGCUGCAGAGGCACAACCCAAUCACCUCUCAAGGGCAGUGAAUCGUCGUCCAUUUCCAUGUCCAGUGUGCGUCUUGUGUCAACUGGAUGGACAGACCACGGAGGGUGGGGAGGUGGAGGUGGUGGUCACGUGUGUCCAGCCAUUUGUGUCUCCUGUCCUAUCUGCCUGGUGAGAACUUUGUGCCAACCAUUAUGGAUUGGGGACCUCAUGCCACCCCCACUUCUACAUGCUGUCUUCUCGGCCCUUCAAGUGGUGCAAGUGACAAAACUGGAAUGCAGCAGGACUCUGCUGGCAAGAAGUGCGAUCAGCUCUUUUCAUUUUCUUUUCUGAAUCUUAACCUUUUGAGCAAGGGAUUGGGGUGGGGGUGGGGUGGGACUAUUGUUGGGCUUUGGGGUUGGAUGAUCUUGCCUUUAAUUUUCCGUCCUUUGGACAAUAUGGAAUCCAUUAUUCUCUAUGUUUUGUGCAAUGGUGGGAAAUAUGUCUGUGUUUUUAAGGAGGGGAGUCAGUAGGUGAUUUUGCUGGCUGCCAACUUUGGGUCUGAGAAGAGGCUCGGGCCUCCAAAACCCCUGCUAGCAUCUGAAAGACACUAUGGCUGACUUUUACACCAGGAAAAGAACAUCCACCUUGUUUUUCUUCCUCAUUGCAUUUUUAUUUACAUUUGUCUUGGAUAAUUUCUGGGAAUCAACACCCAGGAGGUUUACAAACUGGACUCUCCCAAGGGAGCUGAGUAUUAAAACCUAAGAGCCAGGAGCAAACACAUCAAGAGCACCAGGAGCUGAAGCCAGAGACUCUGGGAAAACAUGAAACUGGGCAGAGAAGAAAUAAUAUUUCUUCUUGAGCUGAAAAAUCUCUGCACCUCUUGAAUAAGCCUGCUGUUUCCUGGUUCUGUGCCAGCCACUCUGCAUUUGACAGAAAGAAACCUAUGAAGGGAAGCACCUUUUCUAAAGGCCACCAGCUUGCUGUGGGCCUGCUUUGCUGCUGUCAGCACCAGGGUCUGCUGAGGAGGUGGUUAUCUAGAGCCAGCAGACAGUGAAAGAUAAAAACCAGAGGUUUGUUCCUCUGAAGCACUGCAUGAUGAUUCAGUCUCUUGGGUCAUUAGAUUGUAAGGAUUAUUGCCUGAUGUUCUUAUUUUAGGAGGUCAGCCUUCAUUCCAGAACAGAACAAUGGACCAUAGUGGAUGCCUUUUGUUUCACAUCACCCCCUCAGUUCCAGGAACUGCGCUGCACAGGUCCAUUUCGUUUGGAAUUUUGACUUAUCUUUUAUAGUUGGCAUGCAGUGCCUCUUUGAAGCGACUCAAUGAUGCCAGAGCUGUCCCUACAGUGGCCAUCUAUCCAGCGUCUUGCAUUUUUUUCCCUUUCCAGAUGAAUAGUUGAGAUAAUAGUAGCUGGAAAGCCCUAUGUGCUGUACCAUCUUAGUGGCAACCUGGAGUGGGGUCUUAUGGCAUGAGCCUUCACAGCCAAAGGUUUAAGCUACAUCAGAUGCCAAUAGUGAGUUUAAGGUGUCAGAGGACUUCAGGCCUUCUUUCUUUCUCACCUGGUUAAUCAGACAACAGCAGAAGUUCCAUGAUUGCAGCUCCUUUUCCUGCAUUUUGUCUUCCUGUCUCUUCCCUAUCACUGUUCUUGGACAUAGCCUUUCCUUUUGGAUGCCAUGAUCUAUUCAUGGCUUGGAGUUUGUUUGAGUGUUGCAGCACUCAACCCAACUGGGAAAUAACGUAAGCAGUCACAAUCACCUCCUGUAGGUGAGCCUUAUAAACCAGGCUCGCCCCAACCUGGGGCCCUCCAGAUGUUUUGGACUACAUUUCCCAUCAGCCCCAGCCAGUAUGGCCAGUGGUCAGGGAUGAUGACAGCUGUACUCCAAAACAUCUGGAGUGCACCUGGUUGGGGAAGGUUGAUAUAAACUGAGCUGGUGGGCACUGAGCAGCACAGACAUUCACUGGUCCUCUUUCAGUUCUUGUUCCAGAGACUGAUUUAUUUUUUGACGUAGAUUCAGUAAGAAGAAAUGCAAAUUAGAUGGCGUUUCCUGUACCCACUCAAGCAGGGUCUUACCUAUAUCAUCAUGUACAAAACUUUUGACAGUAUUUUUUUUCCUGGCAUGGCUGUUAGCAGUGUACUCGAGGCUGCUGUUGAACGUCUAUGGAAAGUAAAGCUGGAGAUCCAUUUUGCAAAAUGAUUGCUGGAAAAGUUGCUUCCCCUCCUCCCCCAAAGAGCCAAAAUCAUGCUUUUUUUAAAAGGUUGUAAAUUUUGUUUUGUUUAAAGCAGUAUUCUGCCAGGAAAGGGUAUUCCUCUGGGUUUCAUCUCUAAACUGGAAUUUGUGGUGGGAGUGCCUUGCCCCCUUGUCAUGCUUUCCACCUUGAAAGGGGGAAAAUGGAAUAUCUCCCUCACUUUGACUUGAGAGGUACCUACCCCUUUGACUGUUUACUUCUUGUGGGUUUGAAUAUUGGCUACUGUGGAGGAAAGACAUCCUUUGAUCAUCCCAUUGUCUACUUCUGGGAUUCUGAUGGUAAUGAUGUGAAUUUCAGGGGCUGCAUAAUAGCAAUGGAUGAGGAAGGGGGAGAAAAUUGGGUUAUUCUGAUCAGCAGACCAACCUUUCUCCCCACUUCUCCAGUCCUGGCCCCAAAAUGCCCAGAUUCUAUGAGGAAAUCUAACUUCGGGAUAGAAAUGUCUCAUGUUUCCUUCAUAACUUGGAAUUUGCAGUUCUCAUUUUGUCAGGUUUGGCUUCUUGUAACAGGGUGAAAAUGGUUAGCCAUGGCUCAUUCAGGGCAUGCAUACUCAAAAGGUUUGCCUUCAUAUACUGUUACAAUCUGUUUUUACUCUCAGUAUAGGCAACCUGAUAAAAUGAUGGGUUUGUUUUUCAGGGUAUGGGCUGUAUUCAACUAAGUCCUGCUCAGAGUAGACUCAUCAAAAUGAAUAAACUUACGUCAGUCAUGUCUAUAUGCAUCAGUGAGUCUACUCUGCACAGGACUAGCAUUCUUUUGUUUUUAUGAAAGGAAUGGAGAUUCUAAUCCAUAUAUCAUGAUUUGUGGUAAAUAUUCUGGAUUCAGUCAUCCAAAACAAAAUGGUGACAUGUUGUGUCAAAGGUUACUAUUUAUUCUAGAGCUGGGCAAUGUGCUUGGCGUUGUGGAGAAGGACCACUUCCCCAUCUCUCCUAAACUGCAGUUGUUUGUGUUGUAUGAAUGUCCUGAAGCUCAUGCUUACUUCUGAAGGUAAGCAGCACACACACUCACACACAACCUUUAGCAAAUGUGAAUGAUUGUGCGCUGUGCUGGCAAAGUUUGUUCACAAAAGGCAUAGCCCAUGCCUGUGAUGCAGUGACAUCAACUAAGGGAGGGUGUCUCUGGCUCACUUUGUUCAUUUUCUGCAACAUGCUACCAUCGUAUUUGCCACAUGCAGAGUUUCCAGGCUGUUAGUGGUGACCACAGAGGCAAGCAAAACUGUGCCCUGGUGUCAGUGAAUCCCCCGUUCCUCGAGGGCAAGAGGCAAUGGUUCUAAAGGCAACAAGGUGUCCCCCACCAUCCCAGGUAAUAGAAGAUGAAAUAGAUUUUGCACCCGGAACGUUGGUGCAAGAGGUGUACAGUGUACUGUAAACAGUAAAUGGGUGCAGGGUCUGAAGCUGGGGGGAAAUUACAUGCAGGGGAAUGAGAUGUAAUGUCCUGAAAAAUAUUGUCUUAAAUUUUAAUUUAAUCUCCUUUACACAAGUAUAAAUGUGUAUGUAUAUAUAAUAUAUAUAUGUAUGUAUGUAUGUACGUAUUGUUUCUGGUUUUGUAUUCCAAUUGUCCUAUCAUCCAGUCAUAUCAGAUAAA